AUGUCAAUAAUAAGUAUUUUUUCAUCAAAUCCAUAUUUACUAAAAAGUGGUGGCCAAUUAAAUAACAACAAAAAUAAUAAUUAUAAAUCCAUGAGUGAUUCCUAUUCCUCUCUAACAACAACAACAAGUAAUAAUAGAAUAGUAGCAAACUCUGCUUAUAUAAUUUAUGAAUGUUGGUGGGAUGAUUAUAAAAAAUAA